GUGUUUAAAGUGAUGGCAAAAUAUUCCGGUCACAUUCAUCCAUUUGAAACUGGUCAAGUGAUAACUAUUUCCGGCAAAGCAUCAUCAUCUCCAGAUCGCAUUGACAUUGACUUGUCAAGUGGAAAUGGAAUGCAUAAUGACGUCGGUGAUGUUCAAUUACACUUGUCAAUAAGAUUCCAAGGAGCAGGUGAAAUUGUCAGAAACACUCACAAACGUGGAGGUGGUUGGGGACAAGAAGAACGUCACGAAAAUUUAUUUCCAAAUAAUGCUGCAAAUCCUAUUCGUCGGGGUGAAGAUUUUAAACUCGCAAUUUAUACCGAUUCGAAUUUAUUUUUCGUGUCAAUCAAUGACAAGCCAUUCUGCUACUACGCGCAUCGUUUGCCUUUAAGCGGUGUUCAGCUAAUCACAAUCAACAGAGAUGUUGACAGAAUUUACCAAGUUGAUCACAUCACGUCACCACCUAGUUUAUGGCCCAGACAUCGCGCAGCUUUCAGUGGUUUCAUGCCUAGACAACUUAGAGCGGGAAGUGUCAUUUCUUUUUCAUUGACUCCUCGAGGAAAUCGUGGAUCAUUCAUCUUCAACUUGAGAGAGAACGGGACCGACAGAAUAUUAUUCCAUAUGAGACCGUAUUUUAAUAAUGGAACAAUUGUUAUUAAUGACCAAGAUGCCAAUGGCAGUUGGCGAUCUGAACUGAACAGUGCGCCUGGAGCAUUGCCAAUGAAUCAAAAAAUCAGGUUUGCAGUCGGUUUAACAAAUCAGAAGUUUGUGAUUGGAUUUAAUGGAAGAAUCAUCUCAUCAUUUCCGUUCAGAGAAAAUGCAGCCACGAUUUUCAAUUCUGCUACUGGAUUUGAAAUCGUGACAAAAAAUGGACUCGAAGUUGAAGUUCAUGGUGUUGAUCAUUCAGCUACUGAUGCAAAUGGUACAGGUUUUGAAAAGUUCUGUUUCGUUAUAAGUGGAAGCAAAAUAAAGUUGGUGAAAGCAAUGAUUAAAGCAAGAUAUUCAGGUCAUGUUGAUUCAUUUGGAGCUGGUCAGGUGAUAACUAUUUUUGGUAAAGCAUCAUUAUCUUCAGAUAUCAUUGGGAUUGACUUGUCAAGUGGAGAUUUCAAUUAUGACUUAUAUAGCAGUGAUAUUCAAUUUCAUAUGGCAAUAAGAUUCCCAGGAGUUGGUGAAAUUGUUAGAAACACUCACAAACGUGGAGGUGGUUGGGGACAAGAAGAACGUCACGAAAAUUUAUUUCCAAAUAAUGCUGCAAAUCCUAUUCGACGUGGUGAACAUUUUAAAGUUGCAAUUUAUACCGAUUCGAAUUUUUUUUACGUGUCAGUCAAUGACAAGCCAUUCUGCUACUACGCGCAUCGUUUGUCUUUAAAGGAUGUUCAGAAAAUUACAGUCAGCAAUGAUGAAGAGGUUGAGAGAUUUUACCAAGUUGAGCACAUCACGUCACCAUCUCGUUGCUUUGGGCGAGAACUUAGAACAAGAUUUUCAUUAUCACGAAUAUAA